CUUACAUCACAGAACCGUCUCCCUGGAAACAACCGGGUCCCUCCACAGAAUGUGAGACCCCACAAGUCCCUUGGAUGAACUGAGUUCCAGGGUUCCUUUUCAAGAUGAAUUACUUAACCGUUCCAGAGGAGAUCCGGAGGGAGGUCGAUACUCCGGAGUCCCUGCCUGUGCCUGUUACUCUUGCAGCACCCUUGGCGGCUCCCUCUGCUAUGUCACAUAGCAGAACUAUCCAUAUUAGGCACCCACCCCGAAGCUCCUGGAACCCAAAGAGCAAGCCCUCUCGCAGUGGCGUCCGGAUUCAGCCAUCCUACUCCUCCACGGGGCAAAACUGGGAACAAGAUCACCACCUAAAAAUGAAGAGAACCAGGAUACAGCGGACCCGCAAGAAGCAGAUAGCCGCCGACGAGCUCCUCCACAAGUGCUGCGGGAAGGUCUUUGAAGUCUUUCUCCGCAUCCAGUUCAUGCUGGCCGUCCUGGUGCAGAGCCUCAUCUUUGAAAUCUUCAUCUUCAUCGUGGUCUGUUUAAACACCACUGUCCUGGUGGUCCAGACCUUUGCUGAGGUGGAGAUCUGGGGAGAAUGGUACUUCACAGCUUUAGACUCGAUCUUCCUCUGCAUCUACUUCAUGGAGGCGCUCCUAAAGAUCAUAGUCAUGGGAUUAGGCUACUUUGAUUCUUGGAACAGCCUAGAUUUCUUCAUCAUGGUCAUGGCCAUGGUGGACUUCGUGCUCAAGCAGAUCUACUUCUCCUCUGUCACGAGAAUGGCCCACAGCAAGACUGUCUUCGGCAUCCUCAAGAUCUUCAAAAGCCUCCGAGCCCUGCGGGUCGUCAUGGUGCUCCGCAGGCUCAGCUUCCUCAACAGCCUCCAGGAGGUGACGGGGACGCUGGCCGGGUCGCUGCCGUCCAUCGGGGCCAUCCUCGUCCUGAUGUUCACCUGCCUCUUCUUCUUCUCGGUGAUAUUCCGAUCCCUCUUCAACCAGUCGGACCCCAAGCGCUUCCAGAACAUCUUUACCACCAUCUUCACGCUUUUUACUAUGCUCACUCUGGAUGACUGGUCCCUCAUCUACUUGUCCAGCCGGGACAAAGGUGCCUGGUAUAUCGUCCCCAUCCUCAUGAUCUACAUUAUUAUACAAUACUUCAUUUUCCUCAACCUGGUGAUCGCGGUGCUGGUGGACAACUUCCAGAUGGCCUUACUCAAGGGACUGGAAAAGGAGAAGCAGAAGAAAGUGGCCCGGAUGCACGAGCGCCUUCUGGACGAGUCGCUGACCAUCCUCGAGAAAGAACCGGAGGAGAAUUUGAGCGGGAUUUCUCUACAAAUCAGGAUCAUUGAGAAAAAAUACGGGGACCUGACAGAAUCACAGCAGGAACAAAUGUUCCACUACCUGCAGCUGAUGGCGGCCGUGGAGCACCACCAGCAGGUGUUCCGCUCGCAGGCGGCCGUCAUCGACGAGAUCAUCGACAAGGUGUUUGAGGCCGGAGAAGAAGAUUUCAAGAAGUGAAUGGGGAAGUCGCCGAGUGACCGCAAGUGGAUCCGGCCUUCGUGGCCUUGGGGCCGGCCGGCGGGACCGGGGCUGCCUGGGCCGCGAUCCAAUAGAGUCCGGAAGUCUCUUUCUAAGCUC